AUGUACGUUGCUCAGAUUCAUCAGCUCAACGAUGAUUCCAGAGGUCCAACAGUCAAAGCCAUUGUUAGUAGAAUGAAAACCGUUCGCUCCUCAGUAGCAGGAGAGACUGGAGGCAGGAGACUCCUGAGGUUUAUAGCAAUAUCUGCAUCUUUACCAAACAUUGACGAUAUUGCUAGUUGGCUUGGUACUGAAGAACAACCUGGUAUAAUUAUUGAUGAUAGUCACAGACCUGUACAGUUGCGUAGGGUCGUCUUAGGGUUUCCUGAUGCUAGCACGGAGUUUAAGUUUGACCUCUCGUUAAGCUAUAAGAUCAGUGGAAUCAUACAGUGCUACUCUAAUCAGAAACCAACACUAGUGUUUUGUGCUACAUGUAAAGGGACCCAGCAGGCUGCUGGCAUUUUAGUUAAAGAUGCCAGGUUUGUGAUGAAUGUUGAACACAGAAGAAGGCUUCAGUCUGCUGCUAGUUCCGUUAAUGACAGCAAACUAAAAGAGCUGAUAGCGUAUGGUGUUGGGUAUCAUCAUGCAGGGAUGAGCAGUAAUGACAGAAAACUCAUUGAGACAAUGUUCACUAAUGGAGAGCUACCAAUCCUUUGUGAGUUGAUUUGUUAUUCAGUGUUUGAUUAA